CCAAAGGACCUCAAGAAAUUAAUUCACCAAUCGACGCCUACCCGAGCACUUCACAGCAUCUUAUACUCAUCAGCAUUUCUCAAGCCCACUUCCAAAAGCAAUUUUCGUAUCCACACACUAUACCAACUUCUAGUCCGUAAAGCGCUCUGCUCAACAUGGCAGCUACACAAAAGCAAAAGCAACAAGCAACAGCGAUACCUGACUACAUCGACGCUGCAGCCGAGUCCGCCUCUAAUUCGACUUGGGCUAUUGUCCCACGCUCAACCACCAGUCUCGACGAAGGAUGGCAUCAUUUCACGUAUGCGGAUUUUGCCCGCGCCGUAAAUAACAUGUCUCGUUGGAUUGAUAAGAAAUGUGGUGUUGCGAAACAAGCAGGCCAAACUAUCGGAUAUAUGGGUGCGAACGACCUGAGAUACCUCGUGGUGCUAGCUGCAGCCUUGAAGACAGGCUAUGUACCAUUAUUCACAUCACCGCGCAACUCACUCGAGGGACAGAAAUCACUCGUGGAGAAGACAGCAUGUACCAUCUUCUUGAGCACAGUAGAGACCAUGCCGCAGGUCGAGGUUAUUAAAGAUGCAGUACCCAGUCUACAAGUCUAUCAAGCGCCCGCUACGGCAGAGCUGCUUGAUUCAAGUCUUCCUGCCGAGCACUACAAGGGAAGACAUAGUCGCGAUGUGACGGCUCCCAGCUUGAUUUUACACACUUCAGGUUCAACAGGUCUUCCCAAACCAAUCCACUUGACCGUUGGUGGCCUCAACUCUGCGUACGAGCAAGCCCAACUCGGGCCGGAAGACGGUGUCGAACAAGUCAGCAAGCCGUUCCUAGCAGACACACGACCAAUGCUUGCCGCUGUGCCCUUCUUCCAUGCAAUGGGUAUCAUCGUCGGUCUGCGUUCCCUUAUGAACCGGGGCACGUUAGUCCGACUGCCAUCAGAAAAGAUGUUGAGUGCGGGCUUGGUCAUGGAUGUGAUCGAGGCCGUGAAGCCUACAUCCGGUAUCUUUCCGCCAUCUGUCCUGGAGGACAUUUCAGCAACACCUCAGGGCAUCGAAGCACUGGGAAUGUUGGAGACCGUCUUCUUCGGUGGUGCGCCUCUUGCUUCAGAAAGUGGCAACAAAAUUUGUCGGGUGACGAACUUAAUGACUGUCAUCGGUAGCACAGAAGCUUUGCUGAUACCUACAAUCGUCCCAUCCGUACCAGAAGAGUGGAGCUACUUUCAUUGGAGCUCCGCCGCUGGUGUCUUUAUGGAGCCUGCGGAGAACGACCUGUUCGAGCUGAUCAUCAAACCGAGAGACACGAAGUACCAGGCGAUCUUCCAUACAUUCCCCACGAUACAAGAAUGGCGUACCAAAGAUCUUUUCAGACGCCAUCCGUCAAAACCUUAUCUGUGGAAGUACACUGGGCGACGAGAUGACAUCAUCGUGCUGAGCAACGGAGAGAAGUUCAACCCUGUGCUGUCGGAGAAGCUGCUCGAAUCACAUCCUUGGGUCAAGGGUGCCCUCGUUGUCGGCCAGGGCAAAUUCCAAGCUGGUCUUCUCAUAGAACCAGAAUGGUCACAGGCCAACACACAAGACCCUUCCACAUUGAUCGAUCACAUUUGGCCGAUGGUCGAGCAAGCAAACCGCGAAGCACCUGCUCAUGCACGUAUCUAUCAGACUAAGAUCGCCGUUGCGAAAGAUGGGAAGUCGUUCAUCCGCGCUGCAAAGGGUUCUAUCAUUCGACUUCAGACUGUUGCAGCGUUCAAGGACGAGAUCGAAGCUCUUUACGCUGAUGAAGGGUAUUCCAGCGAUCCCAACCAGGAGGCUGAUGGCGAUGUCGCACUAGAAAGCAAGAUCCACGCGGUGUUCUCACGUGCUCUUCCCUCCUUCCAGAACGACACGCCCGAUGAUGUCGAUGUUUUCAGCCUUGGUGUUGAUUCGCUUGAUGUUCUUGCUCUCACUAAUGCGCUCAAUAAGGCUGUUCGUGGCGCUGGCGUAACCGCUUCGACAGUCUACAGCAACCCUACCGUCAAGCAGUUAGCGGCGGCGCUGUCGCACAGCGCGAGCAAGUCCAAUGUGCAGCAUGCUCCGCCACCGACACGAGAGGAGAAGCUCAGUGCUAUGGUGAGGAAGUACACCAGGACCAUGGUACGCCCGAAGAACAUGAACGGUCUACCGAAUCGUCCUACCAAACAGACUGUCAUCCUUACAGGAUCUACAGGAAGUCUUGGAAGUCACAUUCUAGAGCAGCUGCUUCGAAACCCAGAUGUUGAGAAAGUUUACUGCCUGAACCGUUCGGACAACGCCGAGACACGACAGAAAGAGUCUUUCACCAAGUAUCACCACCCGAUGGCUGACUUCAACAAGGCUGUGUUUUACAAGACAGACUUUGGUGUUGAUCAUUUCGGCCUUCAAGACGCCACGUACAAGCAUCUCCUUUUGACCGCCACUACGUUUAUCCACUCUGCUUGGUCAGUCGACUUCAACCUCUCACUCGAGUCGUACGAAAACACACAUAUAGCCGGCACUGCUCGUGCCAUCAACUUUGCGCUUGAAUCACAGUACAAAACCCCAAUCAUCUUCAUCUCAUCGAUAGCGAGCGUCGGCAGCUGGGGCAGCGUCGCACAAGAUGACUCUGGUGUUCCCGAAUCCAAUACAACGCUGUUCGACAGCACAAUAACUCUACCACAAGGCUAUGGCGAGUCGAAGCAUGUCGCAGCAGAGAUAUUGGCCACUGCGUCUCAUCGUCUGGGUAUCAAGACUGCCAUUGUGCGCGCUGGACAACUUGCCGGGCCAAGCACGCAAGCAGGUGGCGCCGCGUGGAACCGACACGAGUGGCUGCCGACUAUCGUGCACACAAGCAAGGUGAUGAAGAAGCUGCCGCGUACCUUGGGCAACAUGGACCGUGUCGAUUGGGUUCCCAUGGACAUUGCGGCAGGAACGGUCAUUGACAUAGCCAAUGCGACGAACUCCGAGUCCGAGUCUACGCAGGUCUACCACCUUGCCAAUCCGCAUACAACGACAUGGAAUGAGUUGUACCCUGUCAUCCGAGACUACUUCAGGAAAGAAAACAACGUGGACAUGGACGUCGUCGAGUACUGCGACUGGGUUGACGAGCUGGCACGCAUACCGCAAACAAAGGAGAACGCAGAACGUGUACCAGGACUCAAGCUGCUGGACUUCUACGAAAGUCUUGGGAUGGACGGUAUGGGACUGCCUACGCUACAAACACGCAGAGCCGAGGCUGCUAGCUCUACCUUACGCGAGGGAAAGGCUAUAGAUCGACUUGUUGUAGACAAGUGGCUCAAGCAGUGGGCAUUCUAAGUUAGGUAGUACAUUAAACGUAUAUAUAAUAUAAUGGAUACACAUAUAGACUAG